CGAGCCUCUAACUUUAUUGGAGGGCGAUCUUGCCUUACGGCUCCAGGCCUUUUUUUACGGCAUUUUCCGGCCUCCCAUUCACUUCGCUGUGAAGAUGGCGUCGGGCAGCGGGACAAAAAACUUGGACUUUCGCCGAAAGUGGGAUAAAGAUGAAUAUGAGAAACUCGCCGAGAAGAGGCUCACGGAAGAAAGAGAAAAGAAGGAUGGGAAACCAGUACAGCCAGUCAAGAGGGAGCUUCUGCGGCACAGGGACUACAAAGUGGACUUGGAAUCCAAGCUUGGGAAGACAAUUGUUAUUACCAAGACCACUCCACAGUCUGAGAUGGGAGGAUAUUACUGCAAUGUGUGUGACUGUGUGGUAAAGGACUCCAUCAACUUCCUGGAUCACAUUAAUGGAAAGAAACAUCAGCGAAACCUGGGCAUGUCUAUGCGUGUGGAACGUUCCACUCUGGAUCAGGUGAAAAAACGUUUUGAGGUCAAUAAGAAAAAAAUGGAAGAGAAGCAGAAGGAUUAUGAUUUCGAGGAAAGGAUGAAGGAGCUCAGAGAAGAGGAGGAGAAGGCUAAAGCUUACAAGAAAGAGAAACAGAAGGAGAAGAAAAGGAGGGCGGAGGAGGACUUGACAUUUGAGGAAGAUGACGAGAUGGCAGCUGUGAUGGGUUUUUCUGGAUUUGGUUCCACCAAGAAGAGUUACUGAGGCUUUCUGUGUAGGGCCUAAGUUUGGCCUAUGCUGGACCUAAACUUUGUGUGUCUGUUGGGGUGGGGGGUAAUUUCUUUUUGGGUACUGGGGAAAGUCCUUUAGAGUGGUAACAGGCAGGGAUAGAGGGUGGGUGUUUCCCUCUGCCUUGGGGGUAGUCAAAGGAUGCAGAGGUAGUGAUGUGGUGCAUUCCUUCAGCCUCGUUUAUCACUGGAGUCACAAGACCUCUGUUCAUCUGAGUUCCCAAUAAAGAAAGACCUCCCCCUCUGUGGAUGCUUUCCCAAAACUCCCCCUGCAUCUUUCCCUCUUCAUCUAUCCAACCUCUUGCAUCUUACCAGCAUCUUACCUUUUUCCUUUGUUUAAACUUUGACUCUUGUUAGCCUGUAAUGGAAAGGUUUUCUGGGUCCCUAGUUUCCAGUUGAUACCAUAUUCUUGACCAGUCCUCCUUUUCCCACCCCACUCUGUGGUUCUCUAGCCAUCUGUGCAUGCAUGUGUACUUCUGCCUGGGUCAAUGGUAUGUGUGGAUAUGUGUGCAUGAAUCUGUCACAAGAGGGGGCCUGAGCUAGAAUCUCAGAGCAUUGCUGCCCUGAGGCCUGAUGUUCUUGGUUUCCUCAGCGCAUGUAACAGGCAAUUAAAUGGGAUGAGUGUUUGGUGUGGUUUGUGUCUGGUGAGUUUUUUACAUUGUUCUUCAGAUGUAGACUGUUUCAGCUUCUCCUGUUUGUUUCAUUUUACUGAACACUUCUCUGUUUUUGUCUUCCUUAUGAGCAGGCUCUUGGAGGAACCUGUUUGAUGCAAAAAACAAAAACAAAAAACCAAACAAAUAAACUUGCUGUGGUUGCUAUGAGAGACCUUGGGUCUCACAGGGUCUUCAACACAUGUAAUAAAUGACCUUGUCUGGGCCCGUUUCACAUUUGGUGGGAACAUUC